CCCGAACGCACUCUAUAGAUUUUCAGUACUGGUGGUAAAUAUCGGAACGCAGCGUUAGUAUAGAUAUUUGUAAUCUGUGUUCUUGUCAAGACGCGAGACAAAUACAACAAUCUUAAUUUAACUGUCAUUUUACAAGAAACUAUGACGGAUAAUAAAAAUGACAAGGCGAAAGUCGACCUCGGAUUACUCGAGGAAGACGACGAAUUUGAAGAGUUCCCCGCUGAAGAUUGGACUGCAAAGGACGAAGAUAGUGAGGAUAUCAGCGUUUGGGAAGACAAUUGGGAUGAUGAUGACGUUGAGGACGAUUUCAAUCAACAGUUGAGAGCACAGCUAGAGAAACAGAAAACUAUCAGCGAAGCCAAGGAGAAUUAAGUAGAUUAUAAUUUAUAAUUUCAUUAUACAAAUAAAACAUAAUUGAAUGUUAA